CAUGUCAUACGUCUUGCUUCUGUUCCAGCGGUAGGGUGCCGUAUUUUUGUUCCCCGGUCGGCUAUUUUGUUCCAGGCAUUUCCUAUACACACCAGGCCAAAAGGUUCGCUAAUUAACAACAAAAUGCAAUUAACAAUACGCCGAUCGAUUUUGUUAUUUUUUUCUGGAGUAUAUGCCUGCUCAAUUUUUCCGUUUGCUGAAGGCUAUCAAUGCAAAGAAGGAGGCAUUAUAGACGAUGAGUGGAAAUGUGAUUACAUGGUAGAUUGCCCCGACGGAUCGGACGAAUUUCCUGAAACAUGUGCUGACAGGUCUUGUUCUGAUGAUCAAUUUCGCUGUAACAAUACUCGAUGCAUCGAUAAAAGUUAUGUCUGUGAUGGAGAACCAGACUGCCAAGACGGUGAUAGCUCGGAUGAAGAAGGCUGUGACAAACCCAUGUCGCCUGAUGGUGAUUCAUGCAAACAGUUCAAAUGCUCUACAACCGAAGAUUGUUUUCCUUUUGUGUGGGUUUGUGAUGGUGAACGAGACUGUUCCGACGGAUCUGAUGAAGCUAACUGUGUUUGUAUUCCUGGAGAUUACGGGUGCUACUCCAGAGGCGUUUCUUUGUGCUUUCAAAAUUCAACUAAAUGCGAUGGCGUUGAACAUUGUGACGACGGGUCAGAUGAGCAGGAUUGUAGCGGUAUAGAAUAUACUGGCGACGAUAGUUUUUCAUGCCCUCCGACGAAAUACAAAUGCCGUACAAAGAAUCAAUGCGUUUUGUGGAAGUUGGUUUGUGAUGGGAUACCAGACUGCUCUGAUGAAUCAGACGAGGGUGGUUUGUGUCAUGCAAAUGACUGUGGGAACCGAAAAACUACUGGGAUAAACAAGCCUUCCAAACCUAAAGUUGUAUGCGAGCAAUAUUGCCGCGAAACUCCGGACGGAGCAAAGUGUACAUGUGAUGCUGGUUUCAGGUUGGCAGACGAUGGCACGCAUUGUCUAGAUGUGAACGAAUGCAAAGAAAUGUCAUCAAAACAAAUUCACAACGCUGAAAAACUAUCCAAGCUGUACAAAUAUGGUUUACGGUCGGUGUGCAGUCAAAAAUGCGUCAAUCUUGUGGGUGGAUUUCACUGCGCCUGCGCGGAUGGAUACGAGUUGGACGCAGAUGGCUAUACAUGUAAAGCAAUGGGAACCUUCAGUCCCGAGUUGUAUAUUGGCGUGAACAAUGAAAUAAGGAUAUUUUCGUUGCGGGGACCAGGAGACAGCACCUUCCAAUAUAGCACAAUGUAUAAAAGUACAGAUUCCGAUGAAACAAUACUUGGUAUUGACGUAUUUGUUACAACUUUAUCUGUUGUAUGGAUUGAGAAGAAAUCAGCUCGGUUGAUGAUGAUGAGCGGCCCCGUCGUUGGUCAGAUAAACGUUGACUUCCGACCUGUUGCUGUCUCUGUAGACUGGGUGAAUUUCAACAUUUUUGUGACUAGUUCGUCCUCUGGUAAUCACGCGUGGAAAUCUCCUGCUGUAAAUCUCAUAGCACUCACUGAUGAAAUGUUUGUAAAAGCAAAAAAUAAUAUCGUUGAUCCAGACUUCAAGCGACUAAUCACGGACGGUCUAAAAGAACCUGUUGCGAUCGCCCUAUGUCCAUGGAAAGGAAUCAUGGUGGUUGCCGAUGCGGGCGACGCGAAUGGUAAUGGUCGUCGAAUAUUCCUUGCUAACAUGGAUGGAAGCAAUAUAAGGAAUAUUGUAACAAAUAAUCUACUUCCACCUACCGACGUCAUAAUUGACGAUGUUCAGAAUGCCGUCAUUUGGUCAAGUUACAAUAAAGAAAUUUCAGAGGCUAAAAUUGAGACAAUAACUCUAGACGGGACACAGCGCGGUACUAUAUUGUCCCGUAAGUUGAAUCGUUUUCCCUUGGAACCUGUUUCAAUCGACUUUUUCGAGGGAAGAUUGUACAUUUCUGACAAACAGUCAAAAGAAGUGAGAUCUUGGAACGUCGGUGAAAUUUCAUUGUAUGGGAGGGAAAACACAAUGUACGAUAGCAAAGGUGUAGUUAAGCUCGAACAUAAAAUGAGAUUGGGAGCCAUAAAAAUAGCACAUCCUGUUCUGCAGAGACCAACUACUGGCGGAAGUUUGUGCAUGUCAGCUGGGUGCAGCCAAUUAUGUGUUGUUACCUCUAUCGAAACGAACAAACUCAUUGAUGAUGAAAAUUUAAAAGCAAAAUGUUUCUGCUCAGAGGGUUACCAGCUCUCGAAGAAUUUCAAAAAUUGCUCUCGGGGGCAAGCGGGUAGUUCAAGGUCUCCACUUUCAUCGACGGUGUUGAAAAACGUUACCCCUCCUACAAUGGGUGUAUUCAUUCCUAAAUCGAACACCGAGAUUUCAAUAAUAAAGACGCCGUCAGAAACAAAAGUUACAUGUAGGAGCCCCGGGCCAUUUUACAACGCUAUUUCAGUUCCAGAAGAAUUGCCAUCGCAUCGGAAGCUUCCUGUUGGAACUCUGGUUCGGAUUUCAUGCUUAGCUGGAUAUUUCAUGCAAAAUGACUAUGGAGUAUCACGGAAAACGAAAGAUCAGAUUGAAUGCUUGAGUACAGGAAAAUGGAGUGCUCCACCACCCAAAUGCGUUGUAAUGACUGAACUGCCAGUUCACCGAGAAAGCAUGAUGAAAACACCACACAUAUCAACCGUCUUGGACAGGUUGACCAGCGGAAUGAAGUCGAUGAUAAAUUCAGCUAAGAAAUCCGGAACAUCAAAAACGACACUUUGUAUAUCUUUGAAUUGUGGACCUUGGGGAAAAUGCGUUCUGAACGAAAACGAAGAAUACGAGUGUCGGUGUAAAUAUGGUGAGUCGUCGUCUAAUAUAGCAAGAUGUCUUCCUCCAAAAAAUUAUGUGAUUGCAAAAAACACUACAGUCUUGCAAAACAACACUAACCCAGCUUCGUCCUCCACUUCAAAUUCAAAGCUGAUGAUUGCCUUAAUAAUCGUUGCUGUCAUCCUAUUUUUUGUUUUAGUUUUUCUCUCUUGGAGAUGCUUACGUAAGAAGAGAUACAGCGUAGAUCUCCGAUACUUUCGUGGAGGAACUCCGCAGCGUUGCCCGAUCAGUACAAAAGAUGAUGUCGUGGUCGAGGUGUCAGUGGACGGUAGGAAGCCGACUUCUAUCACAAAUCCCAACUAUAGUUCACCAAGUCAGCGGAAGAAACUUCCAAAACCUGUCUACUACGAUGAUGGAAGCGACAGUGGCAUUCAGCAGUCGCUUGCCGGUUCGGAAUCCGUAUCCUCAACAACCAGUGAAAACUCAGCAUGUGAAGGAAGUUCAAAAUCAUGCAAAGAAGAAACUAAUAAUUCUACCAAUAUCUCACCAUUGUUGGACGAUGAAAUAUACGAAGAUGAGGUUGCAAUGGGGGAUGUGAGCAUUGGAAGUUUGUCAAGAUCUGGAAAAGUUGGCCUCGGGGGAAGACUCGGACGUUUAUUUAAAAUGAGAAAAACUGAGAGCAGAGAGUGCAUGUUGCCCAAAAGAAAUCACUGUUCAAGAAUACGGUUUACUUCCGAUAGCAAUGCACCGUAGUUAUGGUUACCAAUUUUCAAUCUGCCUUCGUCCAAUGUGCGGGGCAAGAAUACUCGUCCAAAAUUGUCUUAUUAUUGCUAAAAAAUAAGGAGACAAGACUUUCUUCUCGUUUAACUUCUCCUGUCACAUUUUCCCCGUCAGUCACCUACACAGUGAUUGCUCGAAAUAAGUUCUCCUGUAAUUUAAGAAUCAUUAUACGAACUAAAAUUGCAUGUUAUUUGUUUUUUCUGGGUAAAUACAUAAUAUCAACGGGAAAA